AUGGACUUCGAGUACGUCCCCGCGUCCCCCGGCAGCAGCAGGUGGGCUGGCGAGUCAGCGGCGCGGCGGCGGCAGCGCCGACUCUCUUCGCCGUCGUUGAGGACCUACCUCACGCCGGCCUUUGACGCCGUGGCCGGCGGGGAAGGCGGCGUGUCUGGGUACUCUUCGUCGUCGUCUUCCGGCGGUCUCGAACUCGGGUUCGACGCCUCGCUCCUCCGCUACCGCCGCUCCUGUUUCGCCGCCUCCGCGGACCUGGACAGCCGCGUCCUCCUCUACUCCCCGCAGUCGAUGCCACCGCCGCCCCCGCAGAUGAGGGCGGCGUACCUGGCAGCGGAUGAUGGGGUUUGGGCACCUGGCGUCAGCCACUACGGCUCCAAACAUGAGGCUGGCCGGAUUACUGGCGCACCAGGUUUUCAGGAUUCAGAAAACCGCAUUUCUUUCGUCUCCCCGCCGCAGACAAGUAGCAAUCUUCCUACUACAGUUCUCGGUGCCUCCACCUCCGUCAAGCUUCCUGCUGAACUUCAGUUGCCAGAGGGCAGUGUCGUAGCGACCAAUGCAGAGCUCCUAAUGCCAGGACCAGAAGCUACGCCUUCAACUCUCAAGUCAUCUGCUGAUCCAGAACCAGCCGUGGAGGGCGAUGAAAUCACUGAAGCUCUCUACGGUGACAGUGGUCAUCGCAGGCUCCCCAUUUUCAGGGAGAUCUGUCCAGAAUGA